CAACACAUGCUUAUCGACGUUUACCAUAUACAUGCCCCAAAUGCUCAACCCAUCCAAGAAUCUCUAUCAACUAUGCAGGACUUGGAAAAAGGACUGGACCUCUAUCAUCAAAAGAUCUUACGGUAGCUAAAACUGGUAAGGAGUAUCAACCCACGUAUCACGCUGAACAGGUAUUGAUCAGGCUAUAUCGACUGUGGAUUGCAUGCGUUCUUCAAUUACAGUGGUGCUGUACAAUUGACGCGAAACAGUUCUUUCGACAUUCAGACAAAGCCAACAAGCCGAAAACCCAUUGACCUAAUAGUAGACGGUCAAUGCAAGAACUACCUACUACCUACUACGUCUUUACGCAGACAAUUCGAGCAAAACUGUAACUUAUCGUAUUCACUUGUCUGAGUACGGAAUUCGGACGUUUCUACUUUCCCCAGGUUCCCCAUCUUCGAGAACGACUAAUCUGGCACCCAAGACUUUGGUGUUAUUUUCCAAUCCACUUUAUUAGGCUUACAUGUAACAUGCCAGUCUUUACCCCGCGAAAUUCCACAUUUUUGGCCGAGGAGUUUUCAAGAAACGGCUGAUAAUCCGUUGCAUCAUCAAAUCUUCCUAUUAUUUUUGGAUCCCUUUCUUCCAUAGCCAAUUGCCAUUCCUGUGCCUUCGAGCACUUGCAAUUGUGUCGAAAAUUGAAAGAACAGAACAUUUUUCAGCAGACCACGAGCUUGUAGGUUAACCCACGGUCAGAAGACUUGACAGAAAUUACAUGUCAAAACCCAUACCUUUCGUCUCUCAAAGAUUCUGCCAAGUUUGUAUCGAAGCCUUUUCGAGACCCUUCUCCGGGAUGUAACUCCUCCAACUUCAAUACCCCAGAUCAAUUGAUGACGAUGCGUGCUCACAGGGCGUUCAAUUGGUGCAUAGCUUCUUCACUGCCCUUGUCAGACAGCUGGGGCCCCUUAUCAACACAUGGGCCACCAAUCCAUCGAAUCUUAUUCCAUACAUUAUUGCAGAAAUCUAGCCCAACAUUCUGCAGAAUCCAAAAAUCGCAGCAUGUAGGUAGCGUAUGAUUUGGAAAGAAAGGCACAGGAACUCAGAAAUAACCUUGCGGUGAACAGGCUUCGUUGUUAGUGUUCCGUGGGACCCGUUUAUGAUAAUGGGAACGAUUUUAAUCCAAUCCGUGUUGAUCAACGUGGAGGUUGGUUCGUACGUUCGUUCGAUCAUGGAAAAGGCCGCUAAGAAGGCCAAGAGGGAAGUCCCUCCUCUUCGUUUUCGAAAGGAAUGCAUUUUGUCAUUACUGGCACAGAAUUGAUGAGGAGCUUGAAAAAUUAUACCUCGGUGGGUUGCUAAAGAGGAAAGGUCUCAAUUCAGAUCGCUCGACUAAGGUCGAUAGUACAAACCAUCAAAUGCGCCAAUGAAUGUACCGGUCAAAUGAGGAUCUUCUCGAGAUUGGGGAAAACGCCACUGAACUAGCUUGGGAAACCACAUUUGACAAGGAUAUUUUGGAAUAGUGGUCAUGCACCUAAUAAAGUAUGAGAAUGCCUCUUGAGAUAUAUGGAGAUUAGCAUGGCCUCUAGGGAUAAGAAGGUAGAGAUGCCCAUGGUUUUCCUUCUUGUUGUUCCAGACUUCUUUAAUUCGCUUCACUACAUAAAUCUUCCAUUCUCACUGUAGGGCCCUAAAACCAGUCUUAACAUCUCUCUUCUGUGUUUUCAUCCCUACAACAUGAUUCAAGAAUCCUCUCCUCCGAAUCACUCUGACAAUUCAAUGUCAAACUCACUCGAUAAGGACAUUGGCCCUCUUGGGGCCAGUACAGCAGGCCAUGUGGAAGUUGUUCGUACUGUUUCGAGAGUCCCAGGAAAUGCGCAUUACUACGAGAAAGAUGGUGUGCGAACAUAUGGAGACGAUGAAGACCAUGAUCAGGAACCACCGAUGACUAUGAAUCGAUUGAUGUCUUUAGUUGCGAUGGCUUUCUUAUGGACAGGUUCCCAGAUACCAGUAUAUCUUUUCGGUGGUAUUCCACCAUAUAUCUACGGCGAUCUGGGUGGGUCAGACAGGUGGACUUGGUUUGUGUUAUCCAAUUUACUCGCUUUGGCAGCGGUUUGUCCAUUUGUAGGAGCAUUGUCAGAUCUAUUUGGAAGAAGGUACAUUGCCAUCGGUGGUGCUGGUUUGAUUGUCAUUGGAAUGAUCGUUUGUUCCACAGCACAUUCCAUGAACAUUUUCAUCGCUGGUAUGGCUAUCGCAGGCGCAGGCGCUGGUAUAAAUGAAUUAACAGCACUUGCUGCGACCUCCGAACUUGCACCAACAGCAAAGCGUGGAAAAUAUGUUGCCGUCCUAAUCUUCACUAUUCUACCAUUUACCCCAUCUGUGCUCUGGGGUCAGUUGAUCGCAUCGCAUUCCAGCUGGAGAUAUGUUGGACUGUUCUGUGGUCUCUGGGCAUUCAUGGGGCUCGUUAUUACCGCAAUAUUUUACUUUCCACCUCCCCGAGUAAAUUCUGAAGGCCUCUCACGCAAAGAGAUUAUAUCUCAAAUUGACUUUGUAGGCGGAUUUCUCUCAAUCGUUGGUCUGAUUCUUUUCGUCGCUGGUCUUCUAUGGGGUGGAUAUCAGUAUCCUUGGAGAUCUGCACAUGUACUUGUUCCACUCAUCCUCGGUGUUGCAUUCAUCGUCGCCUUCUGUUUUUGGGAGGUCUAUGGGACUAAAAAUCCCAUGUUUCCUUCUCGACUCCGAAAAGAACCGCGCAUCUUAGCUCUCACCCUCGUCAUCACCUUCAUCUCGGGUGCAAACUUUUUCUCUGUCCUCCUUUUCUGGCCCACGCAAGCCUUCAAUGUCUACGGACAUGAUCCAAUUGGUGUCGGGAUUCGAGGUCUUCCUGUUGGCUUUUCCAUUCUCGUUGGAGCAUGCGUUGUUCUUUGGCUCUUAUCUGUCUUCCGCGGAGGAAACCGUAUGCUCAUGAUUAUUUCAUCUUGCAUGAUGACCGCAGGAUGCGGUGCCCUUGCUGCUGCUGACCGUAACAACAUUAACGCGGUAUAUGGUAUUCUCGUCGUAGCUGGCCUUGGAAUUGGUGGUAUCGUGGUUCCCGCCUCAAUUAUCACCACUAUCAUUUGUCCCGAUGACUUGAUUGCCACAAUCGCAGCACUCACACUCGCUAUUCGUGUAGUUGGUGGAGCGAUCGGUUACACAACCUAUUAUAACGUCUUUCUGACAAAGUUCAUUCCCGAACUUUCCGUCAAAAUUGCUCUUGCUUGUUACGCGAAUGGCAUUUUUGACCUAAAAAUCAUCAGCCAUAUUGCGGAAUUAACCGGCGCAAGCCUUCUAGAUGAAAUCUUGCCGCUGGUGGGUAACAAUGUUACGAUCUGGAAUGAAGUUGUACUUGCAGGCCAAGAAGCUUAUGCUACUGCAUACCCAUGGGUAUACUAUGUCAGUAUUGCUUUUGGAGCAGUUUCAAUUCUUGCAAGUAUCGGGUUGGGUGAUAUCAGUAAAUACAUGGAUGAUCAUGUCGCAGUUGUUAUGCAUUGAUUUCUCAAAUAUGUAUAUUAUAUGAGGGGUAUAUUCGGUUGAUCAAGUGAGCGCCGGUAUUAGGCUUCAGUAUAGGGGAAACAGCACGAUGCAAAUGAGGUGUCAAAGGCUUAUUUGUAAAUAGCAAUCAGGGCAUUAUUAGUGCUCGUAUCAUGACUCAAUGGAAACGGUUCAAUUAAAGAGCAAAUUUCAAACGAUAAAUAUUCAGUACUUUCUCUCCUUUCUUGUCAAGCGAGGAAAUCGUGUACAUUCUUUAACGCGAUUGAUUCAUAUUCCGGCAUUUUCAUCUCGGUACCCUUUACACCCUAAUCAUCCUUCA